UGCUUGGUUGUUGCCAGACUAUGUUUACACUUCUGGUUCUACUCAGCCAACUGCCCAGAGUCACCUUCGCGUUUCCCCAUUGCUCAAGAAGUUUGAAGGAGCCUAGACAUGCAGAAGAAGUCUUUACAUCAAAAGAAGAAGCAAACCUUUUCAUGCAGAGACACCUCUUAUAUAACAGAUUUGAUUUGGAGCUCUUCACACCUGGUGACCUAGAAAGAGAGUGUAAAGAAGAAAUCUGUAAUUAUGAAGAAGCCAGAGAGAUUUUUGUGGAUGAAGAUAAGACGAUGACAUUUUGGCAGGAAUAUUCCGUCAAAGGAAUAACCACAAAAUAUGAUGAAGACAGGAAGAAAAUUGAUGUUAUGGGCAUUUUGACUGGAAUAAUUGCUGCUGGAGUGUUUUUGGUUGUUUUGGGAUUACUUGCUUACUACCUCUGUAUCACUAAGUGUAACAGGCAACGACACCCAGGUUCUUCAGUUGCCUACACAAGAAGGGACAGGCAUGCUCCCUCCAUCAUAUUCAGAAGACCUGAAGAAGCUUUCUUAUCUCCACCACCACCUUCAGUGGAGGAUACAGACUUACCUUCUUAUGAACAGGCAAUGGCACUGACCAGAAAGCACAGUGCUUCACCACCACCACCAUAUCCUGGGCCAAUGAAAGGGUUUAGAAUAUUUAAAAAGUCUAUGUCACUGCCCCCUCAUUAAACCCAUCUUGCUAUCUCAGUGCAACAGGAGAUUCAUGCUAUUUGAAUGUUUUGUUUUUCUGAACCAACGAGGGCGUGUCAUUUCAGUUCUUUAUGACAGUCUGAGGAAGGAUUAAGUAUAUCUACUACACAUUAGAACUUCUAUAGGUACAUAAUUAUCAGUUUUAUGAGAAAUUAUAACUCCAUAUCCUACAAGUAUGGAGGAAAAAGAAGAGGGUGACUUUUUAUUUUAACGGUUUAAAAAAAAUAAAAUCAGGGGCUGGGUGGUGGCAUACCUGGUUGAGCGCACGUGUUAUAAAAAAUAUAUAUAUAUUUGUCUGGAUGUCAUUGCUAAAAGUGGCUCUAUCCUAUGUAUGGAUAAAGAUGGUAGUUUUUUUUUAUAUUGAGUAUUUAAAGAUUAGCAUUUCUAAUCAAUUGAUAAUCCCAGGUAAUAAUUUGGGAUCCAGUGGCUAUAUAUCCAGUGGUGCUGCUUCUCUGCUGCAGGCACUCCUACGUGGUGGCCCAGUGCUUGAGCUUAGCUCCUUGCGCAUGGUAACGUGUGUGCUCUGCUGGCUGAGCCAAGUACUGACCCCCUCGUGUCUACUCUUUACUAGGAUUUUUGUUGUUGUUGGAAGUACUUCACAUAAUUUAGCAUUUCAAUAUCAAUCUGUAGCUUUAAUAAACUCUCUUGGUUUUAUA